UUUAUGAGGUAGCCAGUGAGGUGGUGGACAUGCUUUUCGGCGUGGCUGAGGCAGCCGAGCUCUUCCAAGAGUACGGGCUGUCGGCUGACACCAUCUGCCUCUUCAAGAAGUUUGACGAGGCACGGACAGACUUCCCUGUAGACCUGGAGCGGGGGCUGGAUGUGGCUGAGCUCACCCAGCUGCUCCGUGUCCACAGCCUGGAGCUGGUGAUGGAGUUCACCAAUGAGACCUCCAAUCAGAUCUUCGGUGCCAAGAUCCCCCAUCACAUGCUGCUCUUCCUCAACAAGUCAUCGUCAGCGCAGCUGGCGCUGCGGGAUGGCUUCCGGGCGGCUGCAGGUGCCUUCCGGGGCAAGGUGCUCUUCGUGGUGGUGGAUGUGACUGGGUAUGGCGCCGACGUCCUGCCCUUCUUCGGCCUGACGCCCACUGAUGCCCCCACCCUGCGCCUAGUCAAGAUGGAAAACAACCGCAAGUACCGGAUGGACCAGGACACCUUCUCGGGCACAGCCAUACACACGUUCAUCCAGGCAGUGCUGGAUGGCAAGGUGAAGCCCCACCUGCUGAGCGCGGAGCCCCCUGAGGACUGGGACACACGGCCCGUUAAAGUUCUGGUGGGGAAGACCUUCGAGCAAGUGGCAUUUGAUGAGACCAAGAAUGUCUUUGUCAAGUUCUACGCACCGUGGUGCUCCCACUGCCAGGCGAUGGCGGCUGCCUGGGAGGAGCUGGGUGAGCGCUACAAGGACCAUGGGGACAUCGUCAUUGCCGAGUUGGAUGCUACGGCCAAUGAGCUGGAGAACAUCACCAUCAAUGGCUUCCCCACCCUGCACUACUUCCCCGCAGGGCCAGGCAGGAAGAUGGUUGAGUACAAGAGCACCCGAGACGUGGAAACCUUCUCCAAGUUCCUGGAAAAUGGGGGGACGCUGCCUGAGGAGCCACCUGCGUGUCUAAUCAGCUUCCUCCCCUACUACGUUCCUCUUAAAAGAGUCCCCUGA